AUGGAACGCCGGCUUUCCAUCACACUCGACGCUUUGGAAUCGUUGCAGCCGUUUCAUACGACUCCUCUGAACUGCAACGACGCCACUAUGGGACUUCGAACUCUAAGGAACUCAGGAGGUAUAGUUGAGAAGAAGGAUUGGGCUGUCGUUAAGGAGACUGAGUCCUUUACACACGAAGACUUCCCCGAAGACUUCCCAGCUGAGGAGUGUGUGGUCGAUACCGUGGAACCAUUCUCGGCUUGGGAACACGUCCUUGCUCUCGAGUCUGGCGGAUCUGGUUUUUCGACUUCAAUUAGCUCUGAGGAGGAGUCCGAUGCGGGUGAGGGAGAAGAGUCCUAUGAUCCGUUUGAAGGAGAUCAGUUGGACGAGCUUGAGGGCGAGACUAUGUGCGAAGCUCUCGAUCAACCUCAGAACGAGUCUCGCGACGAACCCGCCGAUCAACCAAAGGGAGAACCCCAGGACGACCCCCUAGCUCUACCUCAGGACGCACCGCCUCAGGACGCACCGCCUCAGGACGCACCGCCUCAGGACGCACCGCCCCAGGACGCACCGCCCCAGGAACGCCCAGGAGAACCGGAUGCCACCCAUCCAGUCCCGUCCACUCCUCCCCACCCCCAGCGCCUCUCCCAUAUCCGCCUCCUCAAUCCCCUCCCCCUCCUCACCCACCUCGUCCACCGCGCCCUCACCCUUACCUCCCUCCGCCUCCGCGCCAACCUCGCCGUCCUCGACCGCGCCGCCGCCCUCCUCCACGCCCUCCAGCACAACCUCAACGCCCUCGGCAACACCCUCGCCCUGCACGCCUCGCUCCUCGCCGCCGCGCGCCGCGAAUACCUCCUCACGCGCAUCACGGCCAACCAAGCCGCCAUGCUCGCGCUCAACGCGCGCACGAUCCACGCCCUCGAGGACCAAGUCGCCAGCCUGACCGCCCUGCUGCAGCCGCUGCUGGACGGCCACCGGCUGCGCGGGCGGCUGCUCGCGCGGCUGCGGGAGGUCGAGGUGCAGAACGCGCGCAUGGCGGCGCAGAAGGCGGGCGAGCGGGGUGCGAUGCUGAUGGCGCAGGGGUCGAUUUUGGAGCUGAUUGAGGAAAAUCGGCGGCUAAGAGAGGUGAAUGAGGAGGCGGUGCAGGGGUUUAGGAGAUUGGGGGGGGAGAAUUGGCGGUUGAGGGGGGAGAGGGAUGAGGCGGAGGGGCGGGGGGGGGAAUUGGUGGGGGAGAAUGAGGAGUUGAGGGCGGAGAAUGCGCAGGUGGUGAGGGGAUUGGCGGAGAUGGAUGGGGAGUAUGCGGCCUUGAGGGAGACGUAUGAGGAGGCGGCGGGGGGGUUGGCGGCGAUGGUGGAGGAGGUGCGGGAGGGGCCGGUGGAAUGGGCGAGGCGGGAGGGGUUGGAAGGGGUGGUUGAUGAGCGGAAGGAGGAUGGGGAGGAAGGCAGGGAAAGAAAGAUCACUAGGACCUGUGGGGCUGACGGCUUAUAGAAGCAGAGUGGAUGGGUGGUAUGCGAGAAUUGGGAGCGGUGAAGCGGCGGUACUUGGUGUGGAGAGCGAGGUGUAACUUCUAAAAGAACGCGUCUAAGUACAUGUUGGAAGGUAGCAGCGAAAUGGAGAGUAGCGCUUGGGUUCUUCGUCCCACUACGCCCUACUUGGAUCUGCUUGGUGCGUUUAGUACGAUUCAAGUAGAAGCUCUUGGGAGCAAUGGGAGUCUUACCUUUCUCAUUUAAUCUUUACUGGAUGGAGGAUCCUUGCUGGAAUGUGGCAAGUGUUAUUCUCAGCAUCUGCAUAUGUGGUUUUUCAAGGCCUGUAGCUCUAACGUGGCCGGUGGUCAGCAAAGGAUAGAUAGAUUGAAUGACACCUCUACUCUCUGCGGCAUGGAGCAUAAUGCGGCAUGGAGUAUAACCUCGGG